UCCUUCAAGUUGGUAAAGAAAAUGGUAUCUUCGUCCAAAUCCUGUCCAUUAGCUGCCAAAAGAAUUGCGAUAUAAGCAAUUCUUAUUUCCCUUCAACCCCCGUUGCUAGAGCCAAAGAGUGAGAGGACUAACUAAGCAAGCAUGAGUUCGAUCGCUAGGAAUUCUUUCAUCUUUCUAAUUCUUAUGUCUUUGCUGGUGUUGUGGGGAGCAACGAUCACAACGACUGCAACCGAUACAACAGACAUCGGCACUAAACACAAGGUGUUGGUCGAUAUCUCUAACAAGCUGCCCGAUCAAACGAGCUUCACCAUCCACUGUAAAUCACAGGAUGACGAUCUUGGGAAGCACGACGUUAAGGCUGGUCAGAAGUACGGGUUCAAAUUCAGGGUUAACUGGUGGGGCACCACGUUGUUCUUCUGCGGGGCGUCAUGGCAGGGCAACUAUGUCGAGUUUGACAUCUACCGAGCCAGCAGGGACGACGAGAAGAGGUGCUAUUUCCACUGCAUGUGGGAGGUACGAGGGGAUGCUAUCGUGGGAUACAAGGAGGGCUACAAGGAACCCGACAUUUUUAUUCAUUGGAAAAAGCAAACCAGCCACAUACUUGUCUGAGAGCGUAACUCAUGUUGAAUCUGAAAUUUGUCAGCUUCAAGAAAAAUAAACCUCAUGGAUAAGGCAAAAGUCUGUCUGAAUGUUAAAUUUGAUCUAUGCAUCCCAUUAUAUAAAAGCAAUGAUAUACUAUAUAUCUUCUCAA